AUGUCUGGUAACGAGAGCCACAAUGGCGAGGGUCUCCAAUCAGUCCUGCAUUUCGGGAACGAGCGUGUCCUCUCCCUUUCCGAUACCCAUUUCGCCGACGACAGAAUGGGUGCGUUCAGCGCUUUCGUCACCCGAAGGAUGGAUCCCGAGGCCGCAGAGAAUAGCGGCCUGCGGAGAUGGCGCAGACGUGCGAAUACGGUCGCAGGAGGUAAGUUCGUUCCGUCUGGCAAGACUUGCAAGCGUAGCGAUGCUGAUGCGGCGUCGCGCAAAGGUCAAGACGGCCAGGGCGUCAAGGCAUCUUGGGCCAAGCGGGCGGCGAAGGGUCUCUGGGAGCGUGUUCACAACCGUGACGGUCGAUCAAAGCGUGCGGAUGGGACAGGGACUGCGCUGAUGCUCGAGUCGGACAACAAUCUUUCUACGGGGGUGAGAACACAGCUGCUGAUCUCUACCCCUAUGACUUCACAGAUACCUGCACAGUAUACGCAGGAAGGACAGCGUCCCGAGACCGAAUCGUUCUCUCCCAUAGCCAACCCGGUCUCCCCCUCAACGACCAUUACCACCACCCACUUCGGAAGCCCACUGACACGCGUUCCUCAUCAUACACAUGCGAGACGUCCCACACCUGACUGGAUCCCGGCUUCCACAAGCCCCCGUAUCUCGGAGGUCUCUACCGCCAUCGAGUCGCCCUCGGGUUCUGCUCUAUCCGUUGACCCCUACAACGAGCUCAUCGAUAGCAUCGAACGAUUUCAAUUCGCUCUACUUGUGGACUCCAACACCAUUAACAACAUAUGCGGCGACAUACGAGAUGUGCUUGAGAUAGCUAGCAAUAAUCUGCUGACCGUCGGAUGGGACCUACAAAGGCUGCUGGCCAUCUGGCGUAAGGUCACCGGCAACGCAGCGAACGUUACUGUACUUGAGGCGCUAGACCCGUGUGCCCUUGUAAGCAAGAAGCACGUCGCAAAAGUUUGCGUAGACAUGAAGAAAAGUCUUCAGUCCUAUCGCGACUGGGUGGACAUCAUGGCUCGCAACAAAAGGAUAGCCCAAUCUCAGAACGCAAUCAGUCAUGAGUGGUGCGCGGCCUUGAACGACAAGAUGAAAGCGCUCGAUGUGCUCGAAGCGUUGGACUUGGACGAUGUUGCUGCUCAGGUGGAGCUGGUCAUGAGGAAGUACGUCGGUGCUGAGGAGGAAGUCGCGACUCCAGGUGGACCAGCUGCACCUGCCAGCAUGUCCAACACGGCGCUGCCUAGCGUCAUCUCCAGAUACCGCUGCACUUCGCCUUCACUGGGCAAGCGCUUGUUCACCUCACUGUCGCGACCGCGAUGUGGUUCGGCCACCUCGCAAGCAAGCUCGAUCCGCGACAGCCCACGGGCCUCGCAAACAACAUCGCGAUACUCGCAGUUAUGCCAGUCGCCUACGCCUACGCCAUCACUCUCACCAACCUCGGCGUCAUACGGGAGCCGGCCUGCUCCGGCCGUAGCGAGCGCCCCCAGCCAUGCUCAGCCUGUAACAGCUAGCUUGAGGUCGUCUGCGUCUACCACGAAUGCGCCCAACUAUACCCGCCCUACAAAGGCAAGCCUAGGAUGGUGCCAACCAGCAGCCGACAACACAAAGACUACAUCCAGCGCCGCGACAGCUUCUCACUCGCACCGUCUGGCUUCUGCCGUUCACGGUCGCCGGACAAACGGGCUACAACUUGAGACCGGGCCAGAUGACGCCCACAGUGACCCUUCACCCGAUCUCGAACACGCUCCGCCUAUCCCGCCCAAGUCCAUUAGGAGACUGAUACCUAGAGCGUCCUCCCCGUUGCCCGCUCACCCACGCUCGGACUCGGCCCACUCUCUAUCGCUGAACGACGUAGCCACUACUCGGCGUAGUACCUGCUCUUCAAUUUAUACAAACAGCAAGCUUCCGGUGAAGGCCAAUGGCACGAGCAAUCCAGGUUUCCUUCGAUCUGCCAUAGCCGAUGCGCAGACCGUGCAUGACGCGAACACGGCCCGCGUACCUACACCACGACCUAUGCGCGACAAGCUCGCCGUCGGCGUCAAUCACGGCCGGGAUCCCAGCCCCAACACGCAUGAUAUGGCGGUCAGAAUGGACGAGAUACGCGCGAGGAUGAGUCGGAUGACGGCAGACAUGAAGGCAAGGAAGCUGGAAAGACAGAGGAAUGUCUCGACACAAGAUGAACAGACCAAAGCUAGAGAUGAUGCGAACGCCAAGUAA